UUAAAUGAGCCGGAGCCGCCCGUCUGACGUCUUGAGAGCAGCCGACAGGCGGAGAGGUCCCGACAGCGGGAGAAGGAGCGGACGAGGGAGGCCGGAGAAUGACGGUGCUGCAAGAACCCGUCCAGGCUGCUAUAUGGCAAGCACUGAAUCACUACGCAUACCGAGAUGCUGUAUUCUUGGCAGAAAGACUUUAUGCAGAAGUACAUUCAGAAGAAGCGUUGUUUCUACUAGCUACAUGUUACUACCGCUCAGGAAAAGCUUACAAGGCUUACCGGCUCCUGAAAACCCACAGCUGUACCACCCCACAGUGUAAAUAUCUUCUUGCUAAAUGCUGCGUGGACCUUAGCAAGCUGGCAGAGGGUGAACAGAUCCUGUCAGGCGGUGUGCUGAAUAAACAAAAGAGCCAAGAGGAGAUAGUUACAGAGUUCGGAGACUCAGCCUGCUUUACACUGUCACUGCUCGGCCAUGUAUAUUGCAAAACGGAUCGUUUGGCCAAAGCAUCAGAAUGUUACCAAAAGAGCCUUAGUCUAAAUCCCUUUCUGUGGUCCCCUUUUGAAUCGUUAUGUGAAAUAGGUGAAAAGCCAGACCCUGAGCAGACCUUCAAACUGACCUCCCUUCAGAACUUCAGUAGCUACCUGAAUAACUCUUGCACAGUAAUGGUGAACAAUCACAAUGUCAUAUCUCACAGGCAACCUGACACAGUAUUAAUGGAGACUCCCCAAGACACUAUAGAAUUAAAUAGAUUGAACCUGGAAUCCUCCAAUAUAAAGUACACCUUCAAUAUGGACUCCACCAUGUCCUACAUAGACCCAGCAGUGAUCUCCCCUGAUGCUUUGCCCCUGGGAACCGGUACCUCUAUAUUAUCCAAACAGACUCAGAAUAAACCAAAAAGUGGGCGCAGUCUAUUGGGAGGUCCGGCAGCACUGAGCCCACUCACACCCAGUUUUGGAAUUUUGCCACUAGAAACACCCAGCCCGGGAGAUGGGUCGUACUUACAGACCUACAACUCCUCCUGUGUGCUUGAUGUGUCAUCCUCUGGUGCCCCUGCUAAGAAGGUUUGUAAUUCCUUCAAACAUAUCUCUUCUGUGGCCAGAAUCAGCCAACCAGGAACAAAGUCAGUGUUCUCGCAGAGUGGCAACAGCCGGGACGUGACCCCAGUGCUGCUACAGACUCAGGGUUCCGGACCUCAGACCAGUACUACACCCCAGGUACUGAGCCCAACAAUAGCUGCCCCUCCUAAUGCUUUACCGCGGCGUAGUUCUCGCCUCUUCACCAGCGACAGCUCUACCACCAAGGAGAACAGUAAAAAGCUGAAAAUGAAAUUUCCUCCCAAAAUCCCAAAUCGGAAAACCAAAAGCAAAACCAACAAAAGUGGUGUCACACAAGCCAAUCUAAACGAGAGUUUGGAAAUCAGCAAACUAGAUUCCUCCAUUAUUUCAGAGGGAAAGAUCGCCAAUGUGGGGCCUCAAAUUCAGGCCUUGUCAAUACAGAAGGCAGCAGCAGAAGGUUUAAUGAGCCUAUUGAGGGACAUGGGAAAAGGUUAUUUGGCCUUGUGUUCCUAUAAUUGUAAAGAGGCCAUCAAUAUCUUGAGCCACCUCCCCUCUCAUCACUACAACACUGGUUGGGUUCUGUGUCAGAUUGGCAGAGCAUAUUUUGAGAUGGCAGAGUAUUUGCAGGCAGAACGUGUGUUCUCAGAAGUGCGCAGGAUUGAAAGCUAUCGAGUCGAAGGCAUGGAGAUCUACUCAACCACACUCUGGCAUCUUCAGAAGGAUGUUGCACUGUCAGUGCUCUCAAAAGACCUCACUGACAUGGACAAAAACUCCCCGGAGGCUUGGUGUGCUGCUGGGAACUGCUUUAGUCUGCAGAGAGAACAUGACAUUGCCAUUAAGUUCUUCCAGCGGGCUAUUCAGGUGGAUCCUGGUUAUGCGUAUGCCUUCACUCUCCUCGGCCAUGAAUUUGUUCUAACAGAGGAGCUAGAUAAAGCCCUUGCUUGCUUCCGAAAUGCCAUUCGCGUCAACCCUAGACACUACAACGCAUGGUAUGGUCUUGGAAUGAUAUAUUAUAAGCAGGAGAAGUUCAGUCUGGCAGAGAUGCAUUUCCAGAAAGCACUAGAUAUCAACCCUCAAAGUUCAGUAUUGCUCUGUCACAUAGGAGUGGUUCAGCACGCACUUAAAAAAUCAGAUAAGGCUUUGGAUACGCUUAACAAAGCCAUUUCAAUCGACCCCAAAAACCCGCUAUGCAAGUUCCACAGAGCCUCCAUCUUGUUUGCCAAUGAGAAAUAUAAGUCUGCACUGCAGGAGUUGGAGGAGUUGAAACAGAUUGUCCCUAAAGAAUCCCUAGUUUACUUUUUGAUAGGAAAGGUGUACAAGAAGCUGGGUCAGACGCAUCUGGCCCUGAUGAACUUUUCUUGGGCCAUGGACCUGGAUCCCAAAGGAGCCAACAACCAGAUCAAAGAGGCCAUAGACAAGCGCUACCUGCCAGAUGAUGAGGAAGCUGUGACUCAAGAAGAACAAAUCAUGGGGACGGAUGAAUCGCAAGAAAGCAGCAUGACAGAUGCAGAUGACACACAGUUGCACGCGGCUGAGAGUGACGAAUUUUAACGCGCCCCUCGCUCCCCACCGGACAUGUGGCGCUGGGGUGUCUGACUGUUAUUUUACUCCACACUCCCAGCCUCUCACCCUUGCCUUCUCAGAUGCCUGUCGCAGGCCGGCACUUUGUAUCAUCAUCAUGAUCAUCAUCAUUGCCUCUUGACAUCAUUAUCAGCCAUUCAUCUUCCCCUCUUCCUUCUGAUUUUAAAGUCCUGCAGAAAAUUAAAGACUGUGCAAUAUGUGGGUCGCACUC